GCGCUGUGCCUCCCCUGCCCUCAAGCGCCCAGAGGACCUUGGCUCGGGGAGACCCCCGCCCCCGCAGGCGCAGCGUGGAUUGGCGGCGGCCCGCGGACUCCCGAGCCUGCUAUCCGGCGGCGGCGCAGUCCCCCAGCGCGGGCCGGGCAUGGAGCCGCAGCCCGGCGGCGCCCGGAGCUGCCGGCGCGGGGCCCCAGGCGGCGCCUGCGAGCUGGGCCCGGCUGCCGAGGCGGCGCCCAUGAACCUGGCCAUCCACAGCACGACGGGCACCCGCUACGAGCUGUCCGUGCCGCCGGACGAGACGGUGGAGGGGCUGCGCAAGCGGCUGUCCCAACGCCUCAAAGUCCCCAAGGAGCGCCUGGCCCUGCUCCACAAAGACACCCGGCUCAGUUCGGGGAAGCUGCAGGAGUUUGGCGUGGGGGAUGGCAGCAAACUCACGCUGGUACCCACCGUGGAAGCCGGGCUCAUGUCCCAGGCCUUCAGGCCCGAGCAGUCGGUGAUGCAGGCCUUGGAGAGCUUGACGGAAACCCAGCCCCCAGCGGCGCCCGGGCCGGGCCGGGCUGGCGGAGGCAGCUUCCGGAAAUAUCGAUUCAUUUUAUUUAAGCGUUCGUGGCACCGACAGGGACCCCAGAGCCCAGAGAGGGGCGGCGAGAGGCCCCAGGUCAGUGACUUCCUGUCAGGCCGCUCACCGCUGACCCUGGCGCUGCGUGUCGGUGACCACAUGAUGUUCGUCCAGCUGCAGCUCGCUGCCCAGCAUGGCCCUCUGCAGCACCGCCAUGUGCUUGCUGCCGCAGCGGCUGCAGCCGCUGCGGCCCGCGGGGACCCCAGCACUGCCACCCCCGUGUCCUCUCCUUGCCGGCCGGUGUCCAGCACCACCCGUGUCCCCCCAGUACCCACCAGCUCCGCUCCUGCAUCCCCUUCUGUCACAGCCGGCUCCUUCCGAUCCCACGCGGCCUCCGCUACCUGCCCUGAGCAGGUGGACUGUCCCCCCCCUGCCAGCAGUGGUGCCAGCACCACGUCCACCCCGGGGGGCAGCCCCGCUCCCCGUACCCGCAAACCCGGCGCUGUCAUCGAGAGUUUCGUGAACCACGCCCCCGGGGUCUUCUCAGGGACCUUUUCCGGUAGGUGUCACAGCCCCUGCGUGCUCUCACGUGCAUCUGCGUGUGAAUGCUCCGUCCCGGGGGUCCGCGUCUGCCCAAGGGUACACGCCUCCGUGCCGGGCCCCUCUGGAAACUUCCACGCGGUUCCUGCUGGCUCACCCUGUGCCCCCUCCUCUCCCGCAGGCACACUGCACCCCAACUGCCAGGACAGCAGUGGGCGGCCGCGCCGCGACAUUGGCACCGUCCUGCAGAUCCUUAACGACCUCCUCAGCGCCACCCGGCAGUACCAAGGCAUGCCCCCCUCGCUCACCCAGCUGCGCUGCCACGCCCAGUGCGCGCCCACCGCGCCGGCCCCCGACCUCGCCCCCAAGACUACCUCCUGCGAGAAGCUUCCGGCCGUGCCCCCUGCCUCCCUGCUGCAGGGCCAGAGCCAGAUCCGCGUGUGCAAGCCACAGGGGGACCGGCUGCGGCAGACGGAGAACCGCGCCACGCGCUGCAAGGUGGAGCGGCUGCAGCUCCUGCUGCAGCAGAAGCGGCUCCGUCGGAAGGCACGCCGCGAUGCCCGGGGCCCCUACCACUGGCCGCCCAGCCGCAAGGCCGGACGCAGCGACAGCAGCGGUGGGGGCGGCGGCAGCCCCAGCGAGGCCCCCGGCCUGGGCCUGGACUUCGAGGAGUCCGUCUGGAAGCCCGAAGUGAACCCUGACAUCAAGUCUGAGUUCGUGGUGGCCUAGGGGCCUCCGACCUGGGGCAGCCAGGGACGCGGGCAGCCUUGCCCGGCCCCGAGGGCAGGCGGGAGCCCCCGUCUCCACCCACCCACCCAUCCAUCCUUCCUUCCUUCCUCUGUUCCUUCUUUCCUUCCUUCCCUCGCACAGUCACGGCGCCCUGGCGCUUUUUUUUCUUUUUUAAAUUCGUCACCACGGUUUUCCAGACUCCCCGUGGACUUGGCUUCCGGCCUCCUCUGUCCCGCUCCCACGUCCCCACCUCUUGCUCCCCGUCUCCCGGCGGCCUCGGCUGCCGUCCCCACCCACCCACCUUCCCCAGCUCCACAUAUGUAGCAGUCCCUCCAGAUGGUGGGGAGACAGGAAGCCGCCCCCAUCCCCUUCCGCUCUGCCUCCCCCCCGUUCAGGUUUUAAGUCAAAAACAUAAAUGCCUCAUAAUGCACUUUACAGACGAGGGGCCAGGACCCCACCCCAGGCCGGCAGGACCCCCGGGCUUCAAAAUGCAGCCCCCCAACAAAUCGAGAAACCCACUCAAGCCGUCGCGGGGACCGUUCUCUCUUUCUUCCAUGUCUGUUCUUUUUUUUUUUUCACUUCUUGGUCUCUUUCCAUUUUCCUUUUUUUCUGUUUUUCCUUUUUUUAAUUUCAGGAAGAGGGAGAGGGGGCCGGGGGCCUGCCUCGGCAUUUGUUUCCGGGGAGUCAGACCCUCUCCUGCCAAGGAAAGGAAAACGGAGGAAGGGGACCCGGGCUGUCCCCCAGCUCCGCUCCCUGCUGUUUGCUCCCCCCCCCCUCCUGUCCCUGCCCCCUUGUUUUCUGACCUGCCUGAGUGGGGGGUAUUUAUAGACUUAAUUUUCUGACUGAGCCAAUGUUGGUUGGAAUCUCCUGAAAUGUGGGAGAAGAGGCUGGGGGGCCCGGGAGAAGCCCCCACCCCCACCCCUUUCUCCUGGCCCCACCCGAGGGCUGCGGGACUGUGUACUGUGUGUGGGGGGGGGGAUCUGGCGGCCAGGAUGGGGGGGGUGCUGAGCUGUGAAUCCCCGAGGCAGGGGGCAACGCCGUGUAGCAUUAACCCCUCGGGGAGGGUCGCUGCUGGUUUAAUUUGGACCCUCCCCGCUCACUGCCCACCCUGGGGUCUGUAGCCCCCCCCCCCAGCAGACAGACAAAGCCCCCCUACUGCAGCCAUUUCAAUGGGGGUGGGGUUGUGGGCUUUUUUUGUUGUUUUUUUUUUUUGUUUUUUUAAUUUACUUUGUUUGGUUUUUUACUAAUAUGGUAGACAUUCGGGCCCGGCCCAUCGCUGUCCUCUGCAUCCCCGGCCUGCCCUCCCUCCGCCCGCCCCGUAGGUGCACCCCAGGCCCGCACACCCCACCCCGUGUUUAAAUGUAAUGGUUUCAGAUGUGAACAUGUGUUACUGUAGCUCUGUAAAAUUUUUUUGUGGGGGUGGGGGGUGGGCAGGGAGGGGUCCAGAUUUGUUUUGUUUUGUUUUGUUUUCAAAAAAGAAAAAAGAAAAAAAAAAGACAAAAAGAGGAGAAAAGAGGGGUGGGUUUGUUUUUUGAACAACCGUCUUGGAUACCUAUUUAAAUGUGUGUUCUGUUUUUGUUUUUUAACGAUUUUUAAAAUAACGGCUGUGCCUCCGCGGGUCUGCGGGUGGAGGCCCAGGCGGGGACCAGUCCCCCCCAGAAAGCACCACCCGCCCUCGGGGGGUGGGCUGCGCGGGUCCUGGCACCUUGCGGAAGUUUACUCUUUGAAAACCUGAAAUGGAGAAAGGAAAAAAAAAAAAAACUACACCAACACCGUGAUUUCAAGUAAUAAACAGAAAAUGAAACACAAGCAAGA